UUUGCAAUUCGUCUGUUUAUUGUUUUAAUUUAUUGUUCUCUUCCCAAGAAGCAGGCGAGCAGGAGCAUUUCAUAAAAUCGCGGCCUUUUUCCCUGUCAAUAAUGCAGACUGAUCGGGAUGAAAAAUUGGCUGCUGCUGGCGAUGAGGCCGCUGACAAACGCAAGAAUAAAAUGUCCAAGGCGAUGAUGAAGAAGUUGAGGGCCCUUGAAAAUGGCGAUGGGACAGACUGCGUUUUCCUUGUCGGCCCUCAUGACCAUUCUGCAGAGGAAAUUCAUGGCGUGAAAAUUGAUAUGAAGGCUGCCAGCGAGUACUUCGAGGCACUGUUCAGGAGCCCUCUGACCCCACCAGGGCCCAUUAGGAUCAAACACAUUGAGCCCCCUAUCUUCAGAAUGGUCAUCGAAUUUGCACACUUCUCUCAGCUUUUCACCGAGGUAGCCGAUUUGGAGGCGGCCGUGCAGUUGGCCAGGGCGGCCAAUGAAUUUCUCAUGUGUGAAUUGGGUGAAGAGAGCUCAGCUUGCAUUGAGAAAUUCCUUACCCUUGAAAAAGUUUGGGAGAUCUUUGAUCAAAAUCACAUGAUCGAUUUUGUGGCUACUCCGUGUAAAAAGAUGUUAAGUAUGCGGACGACGGAGUGCCUGGAGCACCAAACCUUUCUGGAGAUUGGGCUAAGUGCACUGCAAACUUUUCUCACCUUGGAGGAAAUGAACAUCAAGUCAGAACUGGAUCUUAUUGAAGCUUGUGCCAAACUUGCCAAUAACGACAACUCAAAGAAAAAGGACGGUGAGAAGAGGGCUUUCAUUCAAGCUGCCUUUCCUUUCUUUUGCCUCCUGACUGAUGCUGAGAAAUGCCAGUUGAUGAAUGCUGAGUGGCUGACGGCUGAGGAGAAGGCCUGCUUAUUUUCCUUUCAAAAGGCUGAUACCAUUUUGUGUCCCAAACUGAAGAAAAGAUCCAACAUCAAGACUCUCACUUUCAUUGCUGACUAUGAUCCUCUCAGCCCCAAACAGAUUUUGGAGAAUCCUGGAAUAUGUACAAAGCUUGAUGUCAAAGCUAAACGGACUUUAUUGUCAUUUACGGCACAUGAAUCAAUCCUUCUUCAUGGCAUUGACAUUUUGUGUGCAUUGAAUUUCAGUGCUAUAUUUCUGUACGACUUCAACACACGCGAAACUUCUGGCAUUGAUCAACUUUACAACGGAAGCGUUCCUUAUCAGCAAAAUUUCACAUUGCUUGCCUCAAUCCGAUGCUGUGGAAAUUUGUCUGAUGCUAUUUGGGUCGGCGAAUUGAACACAAAAGACGAGUAUGUAACUGGCUCUAGUGUGCUUUUCGAGAUGCCUGCUGCCACGCUAGUGCCGAAAGGAGCAGACAUCGCCAUAAAGAUUAUAGGUAACAAGGGUUUUGAAUUUUGCUAUUACAGCAGCAAGUACAAAACAAGCCAACAGAAGGUUUAUGAGCUGAAUGAGCCCGGCAUUGAUAAGAUUUUUCAAUUUUCUUCAUUUGACAGUGAUUCUGUUGUUUUCAUGAUCAAAAGUCUCAGAUACUCCUUGUUGUAAAAUGUUUUACUAGAAGUAUUCACUUUUAUUUCUCCUGACACUUGAUUGAAGAAUUAACAGUAAUCCAUAUUUGAAUAUAAAGCAGAUUUAAACUUUUUAUUACAUGAGAAGCACUUAUUGGCUCACAUUUUUUAUUUUGUUAGCUUAUAUUAUGCUUGAACAAACUUUUGAUAACACAACAAUAAAUUGAGCUCUGCAAUAUAUCUUUAUGUUAAAUUGACCAUUGUUUAUGGAAUUUUGAAUUUUUGAAAGCUAAAACAAGCAGAAGUGGCAAAAUUGUUGCAGCGGAAUGAAAUUCCUUGCUGAAUUGUGCAUUGUAUUGUCUCCAGGAAUUAAUUAACGCACCUCUGUUAUUCAAUCAAAUUUUGACUUUCUAUAAAAAUUUUAUUCAUGCAUGACAUGUGCUUAAUUUUGCUAUCUGAUGAAAAUUCUUUUAAAACAAUAUGCUUCAAUGCAUUAUUAUGAAAUAUUUUUUUUUUUAUAAUUUCCAAAGAAUAAUGUUUGCUUUACUAUACAUCACUCCCAUUCCCCCAAAU